AUGGUUAAUGUUGUCGCAGUUUUGCAAAAUUUCGAAUCUUCUUCAACUUACUACAGUUAUAACAAUUUCGAAGAACAUAGAAUUGAAGAAAUCGUCUGGAACAAGUAUAAUUCAAAUGUUUUUCCCGAUCGAAUGCAGAAUCUUCAAGGUUCAUUAUUACCAAUUCUUUUCGGUGGAUCAGAACCAGGAGUUAUCAUAUCAAAUUACCCAAAUGGUGAUAACAAAAUUGGUGGAUUUGUGGGACAUAUGUUUCGUUCAUUUGCUAAAAAACACAAUGCAAGAUUGAAUACUUCGUGUGUAAAUACUUCAAUUUCAGAAAACGAUUUGCAUAAACUUGUUUUAAAUGGACAUAUUGAAAUAUCUGGUACUGGCCUGAGAAUGGUUCAAGAUUCAGCUGAAUGGUAUUCAUAUCCAUACUUGCUAUUUGAUUUUGGUGUUAUGUUGCCCAUUGAGCCAAAAAUUCCCCUUGACAAGGUUUUUGCUUUUGUUUUUUCUUGGGACACAUUUCUUGCAACAAUUUUAGUAUUUAUGUUGUUAUCAUUUUUGCAAGGAGCAUCUGCUAGAAUCUCAAAAUCACAUGGAACCUUCUUUUCAUGGGACUUCUUCUUAAACAUUGAUUGUUUUCGUGGAAUUCUUGGACGGCCAUUCAAAGAAACACCAAAUGCUUCUUGUUCUAAAAAAAUUAUCUAUUCGAUGGUCUUUUUGCUCGGAAUCAUGAUUGUUACUUUAUACGAUGCAUUUCUUCAGUCUUUCAUGACCGAUCUUCCAAGGGAAAACUUGAUAAGAACCUUUAAUGAUCUUCAACUUUCCGGAUUAAAAAUCUACUCAUUACAAUCUUAUAUCGAUGAUUUAUUGUACAAAUUCAAACCCCAAUUCGAAAUGCUUUCAAAUCUAUUUAUCAUUGAAAAUAAUUUUGAAACUUUUACAAAAUUUCGAAAUAUUUCAAAUACCAAAUAUGCUUUCACUGUUAGCGACAUCAAAUGGAAAGUUUAUGAAAAUCAGCAGAAUUUCUUUGGUCAACAAUUAUUUCGCUGGUCUAAGGAAUUGUGUUUGCUGAAAGUGGAUUGUUGGAUUGCUGGAUAAAGAGAUCGUUUUAUGAAUUAAUGGAAGCUGGCAAAAUUGAGAAAUUAAAUAUUGGAUUUGAUUCGUAUUUGUUAUCAUUGAAAGUUGAAGAUUUUAAAUGGAUUUGGAUAUCAAUGGGACUGGCUUUGAUGGUGGCUUCUUUGUGCUUUAUUGGAGAAAUUUGUAUUUUCAAAUGGAAAAACUCGUAAAAUAAUUAAAAGUUUUAGAAUUUGUUUUAGAUGUGGAAUAAAACAAAUAUAAUUUAAAUGUUGUUUGGAAAAUACAAAAUUACAAUACAAUUUUUGUCGGAAAGAUGA